GUCCAUCGGGAGAAAAAAUUUUCCAUCUUGAAUCCAUAUUGAUAUGUGAUUCUAAUUUGGCAACACUUCAUGUGUUUACAUCCUCCUUGGUUUACAUUUGUGUGUCUGUCUAACAAACAAUUUGGAAAGAGAAGUUUCGUAAUAUUUGUUUUCCUUUAGUAUGGGUCUGCGUAGUUUGUCGACCUGUGGAUAUAUGUGUCUAUGAUCUGAUAGAUUUGUUUAGUUAUUAUGACCUUGAUGUAGUAGUUAUUUAUUCCAAUAUUUUAAAAUAAAAGCUAUGUUAUACAGUUUAUCAACAUAGCUUCUAAAUAACAAAGCUUUAUUGACUUGAAUUUCUGCACUCACAUCCAUGUUGAUAUUUGAUUUAUUUGUUUACCUUAUUCAAACUAUUAUUGGCUUCUUUCUACGAUCAAAACCUGAUGACAUGAGUGGUAAAUUGAAAAUUUACGUAAAAUGUGGUCCAGAAACUACUGUGCCCGUAUAUUUAGAAACUGAUUGGACAGUGUAUAACUUAAAGCAUGCAAUCAGUUCAAAACUGUGUAUGAAAACCGAAGAACUUCGAAUAAUAUUUGCUGGUAAAGAAUUACAUGAUAAUGUUAAGAUUCAGGAUUGUGAUGUUGGUGAACAGAGUGUGAUUCAUGCUGUUUCACAGAAAAAACAACCCGUAAAUGUGACAAUCGAAGCAAAAUGUCCACUCAAUCUAACACCAUUCUGUUCAAAUGACUGUGAUCAAAAUGAAACAGGUGAAAAGACAUAUUCCAAAAAAAGUCAUUUCUUUGUUUUCUGUAAUGGCCCUUGUAAGGAUUUAUGUCCUGGAAAACUGAGAGUUCGAUGUAGAACAUGCAAAGAAGGUACUCUAACUGUCGAUCAAGUUAGUUUCUUUUUAUACAUUUUUCUGAUAUUUAGUACUUUUUGCAAUGUACUUGUGCAAAACACCACAUUUGUCAGUGUUAAGUUAUAAGC